AUGGAAAGAAAAGAGGAAAAAGUGGAGGGGGGAGACGAGGAGGCGAAGAAAAGGGGCAGGAAAACAAACGUCGAAAGGCUGAUGAGGGAGAGGGGAGCGUCGAUAGGGAGUUAUGGGGAUCUGAGUGAAAUUUGGAAAAGGAAAAGGGAGAUGGCGGAAGAGGAAGGGCAGGAAGAACGAGAGGAAGAAUGGAUGUUUAGGAAAAGUAAGAGGGUGGUGAGAUCACCGGAGGGUAAGAGCGGGGGGGAGGGGAACGUGGAGGAGUUGUUGAAGGAAUGGAGGGAAUGGAGGAAAGAAGCGAGAAGGGACAUGGGAGAAAUAAAGGAGAGGAUGGAGACUGUGGGAGCGGAGGUUGGAAAGAUAAGGGAGGACAUGAGGAGAGGAGAAGAAAGAUGGAGAGAGGAGAAAGAGAGGAUGGAGAAAAGGUUAGGAGAGGCAGAAAGAAAGAUGAGAGAACUAGAGGUGGCGAAGAAAAAGGUGGAGGAGAUAGAAAAGAGGGUAGGAAAUCUGGAAAGGGAGAGAGGAAGGGAGGGAGGGGAGACAAAGGAAGGACGGAGCGAAGUGGGAAGGGAAGAGGGGGUGGAAAAGAGGCUGAAGGAGAUAGAGAAAAAGAUGGAGAGGAAGGAAAGGGAGGUAAAAAGAAACAAUAUAAUAAUAAAGGAGGCAGAGAUAGAGGGAACAGCACAGCAGGUAGUGGAUAGACUAAUGGCAAGGAUAGGAGUGAAAGGAGGGGUGGAGGGAACAAGAGAGCUGAGAAAAGUAGGAGAGGGGGGACGGGGGAGGAUGAUAGAGGUAAGGUUAGAGAGCACAGAGAAGAAGGUCGAAGUGAUGAGGAACAAAUGGAAGCUGCGGGGGAGGAGGGAAAGAGUAGAGGAGGACUUAACAUGGGAGGAGAGAAGGAUCCAAUGGAAGUUGAGAAGGAUAGGAGACGAGGAGAGGAGGAAAGGGAGACAGGUGAGGGUGGGAUUGGGGAGGAUCACGGUGGAGGGAAAGGUGUGGAUAUGGGACGGAGAACGGGAGACAGUGAGAGACAGUAGGGGGAGAGAAUGGCAAGAGGAGAGGAGAGACGAGGAGAAAAGGGCAGGGAGGGAAGAGAAGAAGGGAGAAAGAGAAGACGGGGGCGAGGAAACGGAAAGGAGCACAAAAAACGAGGAGAGAUGGAGGGAGAGGGACAGAGGGGGAAAAGAGGAAGCAGGGGGGAAGAGGGAAGAGGANAUUAUAGAAGAAAUUAAAUCUCAAAUGGCUGACGAGUGGAAGCGUUCGUGA